UGUCAAUCAUAUAAACGAUUUUGAUCAGCUAAGACUCGUAGAGACUCUGCAACAAUUUUGGUUGAAGAAGAAGAAGAAGAAGAAGGGAUAAUGGGAGGGUAUCUCUCUAGCUUCUUAGGAGGAGGAAGCACUGCUGCUCCCGACAGUUGCUCAUCGUCGGCUCAGCCCUCAUCCGUCACCGAGUUUCAUUCAACGAAAAACUGGCAGCUCCAUUUCAAUGCAGUAAAAAAAUCCAAUAAGCUGAUUGUUAUCGAUUUCUCGGCGUCCUGGUGCGGUCCGUGCAAGUUGUUUGAGCCGGCGUUCCACGACAUGUCUAUUAAGUACACCGACGCUGACUUUGUGAAGAUCGAUGUCGACGAGUUGAAAGAAGUAGCGAAGGGAUUCGAGGUGAAGGCGAUGCCGACGUUCGUGUUGGUGAAGAAUGGAAAGGAAGUGGAUAGGGUUGUGGGAGCCAAGAAGGAUGAACUUGAGAAGAAGGUUAAGGAACAUUACUCCUCUAAACCCUAAGCUCUAAACUCUUCUAAACCAUAGUGUAGUAGGAUAUGGAAUCUUCAGGUUGAUUCUCGCUUUCACCUUUGUAUGCUUUUUCCUUUCUCGUAUUUUGGAACAAAUUUCUAGUAAAAUAUUUUAACACUUGAUUUCGGUAGUUAGUAUUGUAUAUAUGUAUUAGCAAGUAUUUGUAGCUUCGUUUUACAAUUCCAUCAAUAAUUCAAAAUCUGCAAUGGUAGAAUGCAGUAGUUAUUAGUA